AUGCCAGGAUCUCUAUCUAACGGCCGAGCGGUAUCUGGAAGCCUUCUUUCCACUCUAACCAUUUCGGACCAGCUCUUCUUCAGCAAGCAUUCGUUUGGGCCGAUACAGCAGUCUCCGUUCUCCUGCAUACAUCACGCCUUCGAGUCUCAUGUCGAAUCUCAUCCCCAAUCUCUCGCCGUUGUGGACCCGUUCGCGCCCAGCGAUCUGAAGUCAAUUACCUACUCAGAGCUUGAUCGACAAGCCAAUUUUCUUGCUCGACAUCUCCGCAAUAUCCAUGGCGUCGUGCCCGGAAAACGUGUUUGCCUCCUCAUCGAGAGGUCGAUCUUCAUGAUUAUAGGCAUAGUUGCGAUUCUCAAGAGCGGCGCUAGCUAUAUUCCUUUGGACGGAAACAUCGUUGCCGAUUCAACCCUCAGCCACAUUAUUCAAGACUCGGAGGCAAACUGUGUGCUUUCACUGCGCAAAUUUGCAUCCCGGGUCAUUUCAGCGAACGCGACAUCCAUCUGCUUAGAUGAUGUUCUCGCUACCAUUACGGAUGACGAAUGCGGCAAACCAGUUGAUUUAUCUAAUCCUGACGACAGCGCCUACAUUGUCUAUACCAGCGGCACUACAGGCGUUCCCAAAGGCGUAGAUGUGAUGCACCGAAACGUCACAAACCUCGUGUGUCUUGCUCCUGGUAACAUCGAGAUGCGCGCAGGUCGCGGGGUCUCCCAGCUCAUGAAUGUAGCGUUUGACAUGGCGGCUUGGGAAAUUCUUGGCAGCCUCGCUAACGGGUGCACGUUGUUCUUGCGGGGCAAAUCCUCGAAGGACUGGCGCGCGGUGAUGAAGAUGGUGGACGUGGUGAUUGCCACACCUUCCAUGCUCUUUCCACAUGAUCCUGUUGAUUAUCCGAACAUCAAAGUCGUUGCCGUUGCUGGAGAAGUAUGCCCUCAGAAUCUUGCGGACAAGUGGGCUAGCAAUGGCACCCAUUUCUAUAACAGCUGCGGACCUACGGAGAUCACAAUCGUCAAUACUAUGGUGCCUCAUCAUCACGUAUCGGGAGAGUCGCUGAGCAUCGGAAAGCCUACUCCAAACAACAACGUAUACGUACUACAUCGUGAUGCAGAAGAUCUCGCUCCCGUUGCUAUUGGACAGCCUGGGAUCAUGUGGGCUGGUGGUGCAGGCAUCACGAGGGGCUACCUCAACUUACCCGACAAAACGGAGGAGAGGUACAAACUAGAUCCUUUCGUCAACGAUGGGUCCUUGAUGUUUAAUACUGGUGACCUUGGACGCUGGCGUCCAGAUGGCACGUUGGAACAUCUCGGCCGCAUAGAUGAUCAGGUUAAGAUCAAGGGAUUCCGUGUAGAGCUUGAUGGUGUCGGUGCUGCAAUGGAGACCUGUUCCGGGGUGAAGGCUGCCGUCGCCCUCCUUAUUGAUGAUGUUCUUUGGGGGUUCUUCACGCCCUCUACAGUCGAACCGAAGGACGUACAGGCGGCAGUGGCGAAGAUUCAACCAUAUUACGCCGUCCCAAGUCGAUUCAUUCAUAUGGAAGAAUUCCCGAACACGACCAAUGGAAAAGUGGACAAGCGAGCCCUCCGCCGGAAGGUUGAGGAAGAAAUCGAGGUAGCGACGCAUAGCGACGCCCCGAAGAGCGUUGCUACGACGGGAGCUUCUGAAAGUUCGCCAACAAUCGACAGAGAACUUCUCAGCAAGGACUCUUCCUCCACGCUUUCGCCACCUCCUGUCUAUGAAGAACGCGAGAUUUCGGAGAAAGAGAAGAAGGAUGCUCCUGGGCUGGAAGUGUCUGUCUCUGCCCUGUCAUCCUCGAGCAUCGAGAAAGGCUACGAAGUCUCCUGGGCUGGCUACCAAGACGAUGACGUCCCCAACAAAACUCAAGGGAAAUUCGUUCGGAACAUACGACACCAAAUAUUUUCAUUGUAUCGUCGACUUUUUGGUGUGGUCUUUGUGACGAACAUAGCAGUUCUCAUCGCUACCUUCGCUCAGGGGGAACCGAACUCUCUGCAAUUGGGGCAGAUCGUCAUAGCAAACCUCUUCUGCGCAAUCCUUAUGCGGCAAGACUAUGUUAUCAAUGCGUUCUUCACCCUCUUUUGUUCUGUUCCUCCAUCCUGGCCAAUGGCGAUUCGUCGAGUGUGCGCCAGGGUGUAUAGCAUUGGCGGUUUGCAUUCUGGUUGCGCGAUCUCAGGGACUAUGUGGCUUGUGGCGUUUACCGUUCAAGCAACGAGGGAGCUGGUUCAGGGGGGGCCAAUUUCAAUCCCCACCGUCACGAUAACUUAUUCUAUUCUCCUCCUACUUCUCCUCAUUAUAUUUUUUGCAUACCCAGCUUUGCGUACGUCGAAGCACGACAACUUCGAGCGCACGCAUCGCUUCUUUGGAUGGUCAUGUACGGCGCUGGUGUGGGUUCAGGUUGUCCUCCUAACCAAUGACUACAAAGAACCUGGGCUUGCCCUCGGUUCGGCUCUCGUCAAAUCAGCACCAUUUUGGCUGGUCGUUAUCAUGACGUGCUCCAUCAUUCUUCCAUGGCUUCGCUUGCGGAAGGUCCCCGUGCGGACGGAGGUUCUCUCUACACAUGCCAUACGGCUCUACUUCGACUACGGUGAGACGCUUACGCCCGUCUCUGGAUCAUUCACCCGUAUCUCGGAAAGCCCCCUGUUCGAAUGGCAUGGCUUCGCCACUAUCCCCGAGCCAGGAAAGAAGGGGUAUUCCCUCGUUGUCUCUCGUGCCGGCGAUUGGACGUCCAAACAAAUCGCAGAUCCGCCGAAAGAAUUGUGGGUUCGCGGAAUACCUACGUGUGGUGUUUUGCGUAUUGUUCCCAUCUUCCGGCGCAUUGUCCUUGUGGCGACUGGCAGCGGCAUCGGUCCUUGCACGCCGUGUAUUCUCGAGCAGCGUUUGCCCAUCAAGCUACUUUGGACCUCUCCAGAUGUCCGCAAGACGUUCGGCGAUAAACUCGUCGACUCGAUUCUCAGUGCGUCGCCCGAUGCAGUGAUAUACGAUACUCGCAAGCAUGGUAAACCAGAUAUGGUGAAGCUGACGUACCGCCUUGUUCGGGAAUUCGACGCGGAGGCAGUCUGUAUCAUCUCAAACCAGAAACUCACAAAGAAGGUCGUGUACGGGAUGAUGAGUCGAGGUAUACCAGCCUUCGGGGCGAUCUGGGAUUCCUGA